AUGCAUCCUAUCAACCAGAUAUUUGUAGCAAGCGUAAUUUAGUAGAGUUCAUUAUAUCUUUCCAGAUUUUAAUGCCGGCCUUCCGUUCUCUACCAGCCUUCUCCCAAAUCCUUCUUCACUUCCUAUUAUUUCAAAAUGCAGAUAUCUGAAGUUACCAGGAUUGCGUCUUUGCUUUCUCUAACGGCUGCAAGAAUUGUCACAACUAUCGCGGAAAAAUGGGAUUACACGUGGGAGGAAGAAAUGCCCGUCGAAGACUUGGCAUGCUGGAGUGAAGAUAAAGACAACGUUAUCAAGUAUAUGGGCUGGGAGUCUCUGAAGAACCUACCCGUUGCGAUCGCGGGCUAUGAAGGCGGCCGCCGCCAGGCAAUGCUCGUCCUGGACUACGCAUUAUCGGGGUUCGCAACUGACUAUGAGACUUUUGAAUCGCUCACAGAUGGACAGGCUUGGAGGACUGGGAAGGCAAAUGUUACUGCCUUUCACUCUUCUGAUCUUCGUGAUUCUGGCAUUGGGUCUGAGCCGGCGGGGGUAGAUCGCAAGUUUAUAGGCGACUAUCAACCAUUUGAGGAACCCAGCUCUUAAGGUAACUUCGGUUUGGUUGGUAUGAAGACUCAAUAGUUCUUUAGACGUUGAGUGGAAGACAGUCUGCAACUGAGAUGUUAGGAGCCCUAUCCUCAUCUAGGGUGAUUGGGUCAGAAACAAUAUACAGACAUCACACCUCGAUCAAAGGGGCCAAAGAUUUUAAGAAAAGUUCAUUGAAAGGG